AUGAGCGUGCCCUGCAAAGCAAUGGCUCUGUCUCAGCCUUCGACCUGGAAUGUCGACAUCGACCAUUACCUGAACCGCUUGGUCCCCGCACCGCGAUGGCAUCUCAUCCCCAGACCCAUCGCCCACAUGCUCGGGCACCGAGACAGAGACCCGAAACCACUCGGUAAUAUCCUAGUCGCCUGCUGGUCGUUAGUAGGAGCGUUCUGUGGUGUCGCAUUAGUAGCCUCCGUGUCGAAACGAGUGCCCUCUUUCGAGGCACGAGAUGCACCGGCCAUUAUUGGCAGUUUUGGAGCAGCAGCGGUAAUAGAAUUCUGCGCUAUUGACUCGCCAUUCGCGCAGCCGCGCAACGCUCUCCUCAGCCAGGUCAUAGCAUGUGCCAUCGGCGUAGGGAUAUCCAAGCUAUUCGCCCUGAACCCUGCCGCAGAGGCAUACACGGAACUGGGCGGUGCGCUGGCGUGCGCGCUCACGACGGCCGUCAUGCUUUUAACGAACACUGUGCAUCCGCCGGCCGGAGCGACUGCGCUGUUAGCAGUGACGAAUGCGCAGACGGCGGCGCUGGGCUGGUUUCUGUUUCCGGUUAUGGUGUUGGGGGUGGUGCUGAUGCUGGCGGCGGCUGUGGUGGUUAAUAAUAUACAGCGGAGGUAUCCGUUGUAUUGGUGGACUUCGAGGCCGCUUUCGCAGUUCAGGGAGGAUUUGGAGAGGAGUCGGAAGGAGAGUGUGCCGAGUCAUUAUGAGGAUAUUUUGACGGAUGGGGUGAGGAGGUUGGUUGUUGAGAGGGGGGGAUGU